GGCUGUUAGACAGGGAAUCGGAUGCAGUGUUGUGAUGGCGGCGAGGCGCGGGCCAGGAAUAACCUCCCAGGAGCCUCAAUAACCUCUUCCCGGCCUCCCUGCAGCGGCCUUGACGGGGGUGCUGACCAGGCGUUACCAAGGGGGCGGCGUGAGGGCCUGAUCUGACCCUAAACAGCCCCCCAUGACAGUGCCCGGUGGUGAGGAGGGGCAGGGCUAGGGGGUUGACCGCUUCCCACUCACUCACUACACUGGUCUGAGACUCUCUCUAUUCAGAAAGAGGAGCAAAAUGUCAUCCAUCAGCGACACCUCAACAUGGCUCAAAUUCUUUACCGAGGCUGGCAUCCCAGCAGGCGAGGCCACCAACUAUGCCAUCAUCUUCACUGACAACCGCAUCAAGACGGAUAUGCUGCUGGACCUGAACCGGGAGUACCUGAAGGACAUGGGGAUCACGGUGAUGGGGGACGUGAUUGCCAUCCUUAAGCAUGCCAAAGUGUUCUCUGGCCAGCUCUCCCGUCAGAAGGUGCUGCAGGUCACACCAGCUGCCCCUGCCCAGCAUGAGACACCGCCCCCUGCCCCAGCCCCCAAGAAGAGCACCCCAGCCACCAGGAUGCUGGAACAUUAUGUCAGGAAGGAAGGGCCACCCCCAUCACCUCCCUCCACCAACCCAAGUCUCUCACAGAGCCUCUCUUCGCGCCUUAGCUCAGGCACCAAGAGGCCUUUGGAGGAGGAGGACUCAGGAAACAGCAAGAGGAGCUCAGUGUUUAAUAGGCUUGGUGAUAACUCUGUCACGAGCACCACCAAUGAGAACCCCAAGAUAACCAUUACAAUGCAUGGGAAAGAUGUCAUCCGCUCAUCCCCAUCAGCGGAGAAUGGCACCAAGAAGUCCUCUUCAGUCUUCGGUCGUUUGGUGUUCAAUGAAGAUUCUGACUCGGGUGCUGGAGAACGCGACCUGAGCCCAGGGAAGCCACUGGAGUACCAAGGUAUUCUGAAGUACACCUCCAAGGAGAGUGCAGAAAAAGCAACACCAGUUAAGAAGCUGUCAAGCAGUUCUUUGGGCACCAUAAGCUCAGCCACGGCCAUGAAUGCAGACACCACCACCAGUGUCAAGAGCAGGCUAGGGGUGCAGAAGAGUACUGGAGGUGCAGCUUGCUCCAGCGCUGGGAUAUUUGCCAGGGAUAUAAUAAGCAAGACGCCCAAAGCAUCCGCUGUCAGCACAUUGAAGGGAAAGGUGUCUCCUGCUGUGGCGACAACACCAGCAGCAUCCAAAAGUCAACCGGUGGGAAGGACUGUGGUUACAGCGGCAACCUCUUCUUCUUCUGUGUCUUCAACAGCAGGGAAAAAGUAUGUCAAAAAAAUUGUAAAAGUGAACAAAAAGACUGGUGAAAUUGUGAGUGAGGAAAUGAUACCUUUAAAAACUGAUGUGUUUAGUAGACUUGGAAAUUAAUUAGUGUGGAAAGUGUCUCUUCACAUCAACAUUAUGGUAUGGGCAUUGAUUAAUUCAGCUGAAACCUGGAAUAGAGAAAAGUGGGCUACUUCCAAAUUUACAUGAGAUAGAUAACUUCUUGUCAUUUUAUCAGUGAUUGCUCUUCAGCCAAGAAACAAAGCUUCAUGCCAGUGUGUAAAAACACCCCAUGACAGGUUUUGAGAAACUGUCAUUUAAACUUCAUGACUGCAUGACACAUUAGUUUUAUUGAUGUAAAGCAUUGUGGCUUUCACACAAAACCAGUAACACCAGAAUGAAACUUUAUUAAUGUGUGUAGAUAUCCCAACUGUCUUUAUGGACUCUUAAUAGUUGAUAUAUUUCAAGAAUGAUAUUUUGAGUACAAGGAAGUGAGGAACAAGUAUGCUUAGUUGAGAGUGUCAUGCUUUCUAUUCAGGGACUGUUAUGAUGCAAUAGUGUGUGCCCAUGCUUGUGUGUGUGUGCGUGUGUGUGACACUUAUGUGCUGAACCGUUUUUAUUUUGAAAUGGCAUGUAACUCUACUGUGGAAAGUACUGAUGCAUACUCACAAAGUAUUGUGUGUGUGUGUGUGUGUGUGUGUGUGUUUCCAGGAAUGCACAAGGUAAAAGUUAGCCUGACAUUGAAGUGAUGUGUGUUUUAAGAACCAAGUUAGUUUUAUAAUUUUUGACUGAGGUCACACUUUUCCCAGGAAGGAGGAAAGUAUGUUUAUCUAAUUUGACAUGCUGCCUAAUACAAGUAAUAUGUUGGAGUUAUGUUGCUUAUUGACCAGGAGGGAGGAAAAGGUGGCCUAAGGAUGCAGUCAUUGAGGGAAGCUUUGACUGAGGAGGGAGGAGGCUGUGGAGGCAAUGGCCAGUCUUUACAACUUUCUCCUUCAUUCAUUCAUGUAUUCAUGACUAACACCCUCCAGUCCUACUCACCCAGGGAAGAGGGAAAUGUGUUAUGGGUCAGGCCAACACCUGGAACACUGUGACUGCAUAAUGGAGCAGAUAACACCCAAUCUCUGUUCAUCAGACAGAUGUGUAGAGCACAAGGCUUCAGCCCAAAGCUUUGUCAUAGAUGACACCAUUCUAGUGGAUACCAAACUGAGUUUCCUGCUCAGGCCUUGUGUUCUGGGAGGACUGGAACAAGUGGCACCUCUGUGGUAUUAGACAAGGAUGAUGAGGGCAUGAAAUGAGGGAGUAUACAGAUGUUACUAGUGUUGCUUAGUUUGUCAUUAUUCACUUUACAAGUUAUAUUUUUAAUAUAUCAAUAAAAAAGGUUUGCAUUUUUGCUGUGUAACUUCAUGUCAUGUCAAAACAAAUUAAUACAUGCCUUUGAAACAGUAGUGUAAGAUAUAAUUAUUGUAGUGUAUAUUGUGAUACCUGUACUGCAUGACUGCUCAUCUGCUAAGUGAAGACUAUCAAGCUUGUUAGAUGCAGUGGUAGAGCCACUCGUAUUUGGGUUCCUAUCUGUCCGUGGCACCAAGCUGUCACUUCAAUUGCUUGUGUUGUGGCUUGGAGCUUGGAGCACCAGUAGGUAUAUACAGAUGGAUGUACUACCAGCUUGCAGGUGAUGGUUUGAACACCAACCACAUGGAAUGAAAAUCUGUCUUGAGGUCCAAGGGCAUGAUGAUGAUGAUGAUGAUGUGCAAUAUGAUGGACCCAAAACCAAGAUAAAAAUAUAUAUAUACUUUCUUUGGUAUAGUAAAGCAAAUGUUCAGUUGAAGCGCUUUGGUAUUAGACAUUGGUCGGAAAAUGGAUAUGCAUUAAUAUUAUGUCUAAAAGUAUUUAAUUUGGAUAUGUGCAUGGAGAUACUUUGUCUCAGCCACCACCUCUGUGAGGCUUCAGGCUGGCGCAGAGAGAUAGAUGAGACCUCUUGUGGUUUCAUAGUACGUACAACUUUUAAAUUGUAAUGUAUUUUUGUGAAGGUAUUGAUAUUGACAUCAGUCAUAUACUAUUUAUGAUACAUGUCAAAUAUAAGCAUUACUUCUUAUAGUAUUAUGAAAUAGAUAUGUUCCUUUGUUUCUGCUCCUCAGAGUUGAUUGUUCAGUAGGCAACAAAAUUGAGUUAAAGUUUCUGUGUACAGAUAACUAAAAUUUUUCUGAAACCUAAAACAAGUAAAAA